AUGGCCACAAACAGCAGCGACAGCGGCCCCGGACCAGUGAGCGAAUUGCUAGGCGUGUUGGCAUACGCAUUCGCUCAAGUACAACCCUUGCUCCCCCUGUAUACUCACCUCGUUCUCUCGGCGUUGUUUCCCAUCAUCACAGGUGCUUACUCUUCACUUUCACGACCUUCGUCAGCAGCGAAGCCUGUCAAGGAUCCAAAAGCCCAGCGUGGAGCCGAUGAGCAAGACGAUCCAGAUGAAGAUGAGGACAGUAUCCAGAAGAUGGANGGGCUGAGUCCCAGUGAUGCUGUCAUCUUUCCUCUCCUUGCCGGAUGUACAUUGGGCGGCCUUUACCUGCUCAUUAAGUACAUGGGUGCUUCACUACUGAACAAAGUCUUGCGUUGGUACUUUUCGGCAAUGGCCAUAUUCAGCGUCGCUAAACUCGUCAACGAUGGUCUUGGUGUGGCCGAGUCUUUCUGCUUUCCACACUACUACACUGAGGGAGGUGUUUUGUGGAAAGUCAGCCAACCCGAAAGGAAGGCGAUCCACUCAGCCAUUUGCAUGAGACCGUCUCCUCUCCCAGGAGUCUUGGGUCGCAUCAUUCUUCCUCAGCGCGUCCUCGAUGCCUUUUGGAUGUUGCGCGGUCUUCUUAGGCGCAAGUACCGUCUGCAUUUCCGUCUCUCCGGCUUGGUCAAAUUCAAGGUCACUCUUACGCUUCGCACAAUUCUCUCGACUACACUCGCACUCGCAACCAUCUUCUGCUCCAACUUUGUGCUCGAUGCAUGGUGGCUCACCAACCUGCAAGGAUUUGCCUUUUCUUACAGCGCUCUUCAGCUCAUGUCUCCCACUACCUUUGGUACUGGUUCUCUAAUCCUGAGCGCCUUGUUCUUCUACGACAUCUACUUUGUCUUCUACACUCCUCUGAUGGUUACUGUAGCCACCAAACUCGAUGUGCCCAUCAAGCUGCUGUUCCCUAGACCCCUCGAAGACGGGCAAGUUGCCGCAGACAGGAAAUUGGCUAUGCUCGGUCUGGGAGAUAUCGUGAUUCCUGGUAUGAUGAUCGGACUCGCCCUGAGAUUUGAUCUUCACAUGUUCUACCUGAAGAGACAGACGAAGCGUCUCAAAUCUGCUCAAGCCGAUGCAGACAAGAAGAAGGAAGACAGCACAAGCAAGGUCGAUGAAGAAGUUCAAAAGGAACCCUAUCGCCCUGUCACUGGCCACUGGGGCAACAAAUUCUGGACCACCUCCUGGAUCGGCCGCUCUUUGCUACCCAAGUACGAACCCAAGAAGCCUGCUCGCAAUCCAAUUCCUACAUUCUCGAAACCAUACUUCUAUGCUUCCNNAAUUGUUGGCUACGUUCUUGGAAUGUGCGUCACGCUGGGUAUCAUGCAAGUCUUCAAGCAUGCUCAACCUGCCCUUCUCUACCUAGUUCCCGGCGUUCUGGAGAAGAAGGACUCAGACAAGAAGGAGUCCACUUCCUGGUGGGGCAAGAGUUUCUUCUCGGCCGAGAAGAGCGAGCGUAAUGCGGAAAGACUCGAAAAGAUGAUCGCAAAGAGUGUUGGUGGCGAUGAGAAGAGUGACAGCGAAGAUAAGAGCAGUGGUAAGAAGAGCAAGAAGGAAAAGCAUGGCGACAAGGGCUUCUUCCAUUUCUCCUUUACGCGCGCUGUUCCCAAGAACUCAUCACUACCUAGCGAUGUCAAGAAACGCUCGUCAGCUGCAGAGACGGACAGCGCUUCUUUGAUCAGCGGUUCUCAGACAACCGAGGCGAACGGACACGAUCCCAAAUGGAGAGGUGCAGGCCCACAAGAGACCAAUGAGGAGCGUGCUGGCAAGAGAAGACGUAUCUGA